UGCCAGGCUCCAAAGGGAUGUGCGUGUGCAGUCUGAAAGUCAGAGGACACAAAAAACAUGAAGCCAAGGUCUCUGCUCUGUGUCCCGCGGCUUUGUCUAUUUGAUAACGCUAAUCAUCAGGAUGUCAGUUGCAGCUACAGGCGGCAGGUCGACAUCGGUGCUCCGGAGCACAGUCUCGGUCAGCCGGAGGAGAAGAGGGCCAGAGAUAUGCACUUCACUUUUCAGCUGGAGAGAUCUUACGAGCCUCUCGUGGAUGAAGACAACACCCAACAGAAACGAAAGGAGGAAAAGAAGGCAAAAAAGAAAGCAAAGUAUAAGAAGUACAAAAAGAAUGUAGGAAAAGCUCUUCGCUACAGUUGGAAAUGUCUGAUGCUGGGACUGCAGAACUUCACUGUGGGAUACUCCACCCCUCUUUCCGCUGCUGCCACAAUUGUUCCAGAUUUCCACUCAGGAGAAGCUUGGGGCUGACACCAGCUAUUUAUACUCCAGAGUCAGCUAUCUUCAAAGUGGACCAGUUAUCUUUAUACACAAAUGCAAAUCUAAAAACUAGACUGUACAUCUGCAAAGGCAAUCAACUUCUCAUCCUAUAAAUUCUAGCAUAGAUCUUUGAUUCUAUGUCAAAGUUUUGGUCUCCACCCUGCACAGAGACCCACAGUAAUUAGGGAGAGAUACAGUACAUCCUUUUACACUGAAUCAUAUCCAUGCAUAUUUUGCAGUGAUUAAAAAAAUAAUUAAUAUGAAUUUCUGUAUGAAAGUAAUGAAAUAUUCUUGUAUUAUAGAACUACAGAUUUUAGUAUUGAUUCUAUGAUUAUUUUAUGCACAGGGUAAAACGUCUGUGACAAUCUCCCGGUAUCAAAUGUCUUCAGCUGCAGGUGAAUACUUGGAUUUAAAUAUUUUGUUUCAGCUCACUGCAUAGAUGUAGACAAAGGUGAAAAUUAUAUCGACUCUUCAGUUGAUAUGUUCAUAUGUUCAUCUUUUCUUAGAAGAAUGAACUGAUCAUUGAAUUGUUUUUUUUUCCCCCUUCAUAUUAUCGAUCUAGUAUGGCUUUAUUGGUUUAGUCCAUUUCAUGGACAAAAAAGAGAAUGUGACAGAGACGAAAUUGAAUGUUCUAAGAAAGGAAAGUUAGAGUAAGUGUUUUUAAACUAUAAUGAGGGCAGGAGACUUUAAGAGGCAACCACAACAGGAAAAGACAAUGUAAAACAAAGCAGAGAAACAUGUUUAAUAAGGCUAGUGCAGUACUAAUGACAUGAUUGUAACAAAUGCUUAAAGGUAUAGUUACCCACAAAAUUUUGUUAUAAUUUUCUGUAAGGUAGAAAUUAAUUUCACAUGUAUUAUUCUCAUAUUUAACCUUCACUCUAGUUUCUAGCUUCUUUUAUCUGUGUUGUUGCAUUACUGUGUCUUAGAUGUAGGACUUCUAAGAAAUGCCGCACUAAUUGUACCAGACAUAGCCAUCUCCAAUUUUAAGUGAUAGUCUCAGCUUAGGCAAACACUUUCAAGUGAGAUGGCCUAGGCCAGAGAAUGGGUUAACUUUUGUGUCAACCUGACAGUGACAUAAUAUUUUUAUGCAAGUAAGCAAUCAGAGUUUUAGUUGAAUGUGGUAAGAUCUUGUUUGUUUGAGAUGGUAUAAAACUCAUUUGUAAUGAGAUGAUUGUUGUGAGGCUUCUUUUGAAUGAGAUACCUCUUCCCCAGCCGAAUAAACUUUCUUCUGAUGGUGAAAAGAA